AUGAUACCUUUAUUAUUUCUUUAUUUUAUAGCAACGCUAAAAGUUUUUAAAAAAACUACGCCAAAUGGAAAAGUCACUAUAUACAUCGGUAAACGAGAUUUCAUUGACCACUUAGACAGUGUAGAUCCUAUUGACGGAGUUGUCGUAGUCGAAAAUGACUAUUUACAAGGACGAAAAGUUUUUGGAAUGGUUUCCACGACUUAUAGGUACGGUCGAGAUGAAGAUGAAGUAAUGGGUGUAAAAUUCAGUAAAGAAAUGGUGUUGGCGUGUAAUCAAAUCGUCCCACCAAUAAAAGAUGUCACAGAAUUAAGUCCUAUUCAAAAAAAAUUAGUGAAAAAAUUUGGUAACUCUAAUGCAUUUCCAUUUGUGUUCAAUUUCCCUCCAAACUCCCCAUCUUCGGUGACCCUGCAGCCGGGUGACGACGACAGUGGAAAACCUCUCGGAGUUGAAUACAGUAUCCGAACUUAUGUGUCAGACAGAGAAGAUGAUAAAGGAAAUCAAAGAUCGUCCGUCGUCCUAGCUAUUAAAAAGUUACAAUACGCCCCAUCAACAAGAGGUCAAAGACUACCAAGUUCACUAAUUAGCAAAGGAUUCACGUUUUCUCACGGAAAAAUUAGUUUGGAAGUCACACUGGACAGAGAAAUUUACUAUCAUGGGGAAAAAGUUAUUGCCACGCUAAUCAUAAGUAACAGCUCGAGAAAAUCCGUAAAAAACAUUAAGGUGUAUGUUGUUCAGCACACCGAAAUUACAAUGGUCAAUGCGCAGUUUUCUAAAUUUGUCGCCAGUUUGGAGACCCGAGAAGGUUGUCCCAUAACACCGGGAGCCGCGUUUACUAAACAAUUCUAUCUAGUCCCACUGGCGUCCAGCAAUAAAGACAGGAGAGGCAUUGCAUUAGACGGACAUCUUAAGGACGACGACGUAAAUUUGGCAUCGUCUACACUGAUAUCGGGAGGUAAGGGUCCUAGUGACCAAACUGGUAUCGUCAUUUCAUAUUCGGUCAGAGUAAAGUUGAACUGUGGUACUCUGGGUGGUGAACUCGUGACUGACGUACCAUUCAAACUUAUGCACCCGAAUCCAACAUCCGAAGACUGGACUGCGCCGCCCAAGCAACCACAAAAAGGAGUAUUGAAGAAGACCAAGAGCUCGGACAGAAUGAAGUACCAAAAAAGCUUUGGGGACGACGACGAGGACAAUAUUGUGUUUGAAGACUUUGCGAGACUUAGGUUGGCUGACGAAUAA